CUUUUCCGUCGAUUCUACAGUGAAGUGGAAAAACGCAUUGAAGACUUGCAAAGUGUUCUUGGGGAACAGCUGAUCCGAAUGCCUUCAUCUCUUGAACACCAGAAGAAAAUAAUAAGAAAUCUUCAUCAUUUGGAGACUCCUGGUGAUCCUGCUUGGCAGUGCCUCUCUGCACAACACGAAUACAUCCUUCAUCUCCUCAUGUCUGUCCGUGAUGCUCAUCUCAAUCGGGAAAUGGCAGACCACGACCUCGGCUCUGGGGGAGGCAAGACCAAUACAGGAGGGACAGGUGGACCCAGACACGCUACACCAGCAGCGAAGUAUAAUAAGAUAAUGAUGUCAUCAGUUGGAGAGUGGCAGGCCACUGCUCCAGUCCGUGUUCUUAUGGUGGAAGAAAUAUGUGAGGUAUUGUCUACCAACUUUCCAGACAUGUGGAAGCUUAGUCAGGCAUACUUUGGUGGGGAGCUGCUGCCUCCCACAGCUCAAGUGGACCACUUUAAACAUCCCAGGUGCAAGGAUAUGAUUCUUGAGCUGCUGGACGUAUUUAGUGGUGUGAUGAGAGGAGCAAUUAUGCCACUUUCUCUACACCCAGAUGGACAGAACUUUAGAAAGUAUCAUGUUUGGCCAGAAGUUUCCUUGGAUCAAAUUACUUCAUGGCUACCUCAGGUUCUACGCCAUGUUAGGGGAUGUUACAAUACUUUACUAACGCUAGAUCUUCCCAAUGAUGCUCUUGAUGUUGUCAAGGAGCUAAUCUUUGAUUUAAGAGUUCACUGCUUGACCUCAUUGUUUCAACAAACAGUGGAACACCUGAGAAAUCUACAUACACGUGAAAAGUGGCAGCUGGAAGUAGAUGAUGAAAAUGGUGGAUGCACUCAGUUGCCGCACAUAUGUGAAAAUGUAAUUGUGGAGUGUGCACAGUUGGUCCGAGAAACUGUGCUAGACACUAGUCACCGUGAGACAUCUCUUGUUGAUCACCCAACGGUGCGAAGAGAUAUUUUGACACUUAUUCACAAUGUUAUUGUUGCCUUUGCUCAGUCACUUGAGAAACUAAGCCUUCGUGACCCAGAUGAAGAUUUUGGAGACUGCCAUGUGAGUGAAAAUGCUCCAGGGAUUGAAGCUCAGUUGCUCAUUACACUCAGUAACUGUGCUUUCAUGCGCCGCAGCAUCCUUCCCAGACUGUCAGAUUCCUUGGUGAGAGCUUCAUACCCACAGGAUGAGGUCAAGGAAGCUGUUAAACAAGCAAGCCGCACCUACAGAGAGCUGCAGGACAGACUUUUUGAAGCUUACCUAGAGGAGAGAGUUGACCCCAUCAUUGGUAUGAUUGAAAGGUCAAUGUAUCUUGGCCACUAUGACUGGGAAAAGGUUGACCACCCUCCCACAGAUGUUCGUACUUACGUUAAGGAGAUUCUUAUUAAUAUAACACACGUUCAUGCUGAGGUUGUUGGUGUGUGGCCAGGCCUUGUUGGAGGACUUGUUGGUCGAGUGGUGGAGGGGGUUGGAGAGGAGAUGUCUCGCCUUAUUGCAUGUGUUGGUAAAUGGUCUAAGUAUGGAAUACUCCAAGCACACACAGAUUUGGCUGCACUCACAGCUGUACUGAGGAACCACAUAUCUUCAGCUGCAAGUGCAUCAUUUCAAGAAGCUAUAGAAAUGCUGCCCAAACUCUCAGCUGCAGAGGAAAGAGUGAAAGAAGAAGUUCUUCAAGGCUUCCGGAGUAAAAUGCGGUUCUUGUUGGCAUGUUUUCUGGAAUUAGAACCGUUAAGUGACUGCACCAUAACACAUUCCUUAGCAUAGUAAAGGUGUAUGGUAAUUAGUGGUUCAAAACACACGUGAGCAAACACUAUGACAUAUGAAAUAUUUUGGUCCUGGCAACCUGGAAAAUGACAUGUCCUAGUGUCAGUUCACAGAUCUUCUUAAACCACUUGUCUAUAUCAAUUGCCAUGCUUUAUACCAUAUUGUGAUUAGUAGCAAGAUAAUUAUUUAAGUCAAAUUAAGGAUGUGUCAUAGUAUUAGUAUCGGUAAAUAUGUAUGUGUGAAUGAUGGUGAAAGUGUUGAAUGAUGCUAAAAGUGUUUCUUUUUUGAGUCACCCUGCCUCGGUGAGAUAUGGCCAGUUUGUUGAAAAAAAAAUAUAUAUACACGUACAGUAGAGCCCCCGUAUCAACCAAUUCAGUAUCAGUAGUUUCAGUUAUCCACAGUCUACUGUGGAUCAAAAAUACCUCUUGAUCUUGCAUAAUAAUGGCCCCAAAGUGCAAAAGUAGAGAAGCAGGCAGUUCUUCAAAGCUUAAGAGAAGCUGUGAAGUGCUUUCCAUCAAUGAAAAAGUGAUAAUUUUCCACUUAUUGUGCAUAACUUAUCAGUUAAACUUUUAUAAUAGGUAUGUAUAAGACUUAUAUAUAGGGUUUGCUACUAUCCUUGGUUUUGGUAUACACAACAAUUCCUUGGAACGUAUGCCCCACAGAUACAGGGGUCCUACUGUAUCUUCUUCAAACAAACUGGCCAUAUCCCACCGAGGCGGGGUGGCCCAAAAGAAAAAAAACAAAAGUUUCUCCUUUUAAAUUUAGUAAUAUACACAGAAGGGGUUACUAGCCCCUUGCUCCCAGCAUUUUAGUCACCUCUUGCAAACAUGCAUAGCUUACGAAGAGUUCUGUUCCACUUCCCCAUGGAGAUGAGCGGAAAUAAAUAAGAACAAGAACUAGUAAGAAAACCCAGAGGGGUAUGUAUAUAUAUGGUUGUACAUACAUGUAUAAUGUGACGUAAGUGUAAGUAGAAGUAGCAAGACAUACCUGAAAUCUUACACGUUUAUAAGACAGAAAAAGGACACCAGCAAUCCUACCAUCAUGUAAAAUGAUUACAGGCUUCAGUUUCACACUGACUUGGCAGGAUGGUAGCACUUCCCUGGGCAAUUGCUGUCUACCAACCUGCUAACUAGGUCAUACUGUAUAUAUUUUUUUCAACACAAUGGCUGUUUCCAAGGCAGGGUGACCCAAAAAAAAGACUUUCACCAUUAUUCACACAUCACUGUCUUGCAGAGGCACCCAGAUAAGACAGUUGAGAUGUCACUCCAAACAGCCAGUAUCCCAAAUCCCUCCUUUAAAGUGCAGACAUUGUACUUCUUGACUCAAGUCCAGCUAACUCCUUUCACACUCCAACAGCUUAUCAGGUCCCAAAAAUCAUUCUUUCCUAUCUAAUAUACUCACACAUGCCUGCUAUAUGUCCAAGCCCCUUGCACACACUGGCUCUUUCACCUCCAUCCUUUCCUAGGAUGACCCCUGCCCCUCCUUCCCUCCACUAUAGAUUAAUACACCCUCCAAGUCAUCCUUUUUUACUCCAUCCUCUCUAAAUGACCAAACCACCUCAACAGCCCCUCUGAAUAAUACUUUUAGUAACUCCACACUAUGAAUUUUCUGCAUAAUAUUUACACCACACAUUGCCCUCAGACAUGACAUUUCCACUGCCUGCAGCCUUAUCGAAGCAGCUUUUACAACUCAUAUAACGGUAUGAUCUAUGAUGUUCUGUCGCUUUCCCAACUCAGUAUAUUCACCCUGUAUCAUAUUUUUUCUCUCCCUUCCAUAGGGAAUUCCCUAUGAUUACGGUUUGUACCCCUCCCCUUCCUUGCCUGAAAGCUUGCAUACCUCCUACAAACUCCUACAUUUUUUUCCUUCAUCAUUUCCAAUUGCAUUCAUAUGCUGCAGUAGCAUACACUGAUGGCUCUAAAUCCUCAGAAAGAGUAAGGUAUGCAACUGUUUUCUUAGGUAGUUUAAUCCAAGAACACUUACUAGAGUGAGUCAUCAUAUUCACAGUAGAAUUAUUUCCUUCCUUUAUUGUUUCAGACUCCCAAAGUGUAUUUACAAGUAAUUCAGAAAUCUGGCUCACUGUAUCCCAUUGUACUUCAUAUUUAAUUCAGGUUACAUUGUAUUUCCAGCAAACAGACAUUGUUUAUUCCUGAUGCUCACUUGGUUAUGAACAUGCAUAUUUGACCGUUUGAUCUGACAUUGACAAUGUAUAAAUCUUCUAUGGAGGGAGGCCCCUUUUUAUUGGACUAUUUUUCAGUUGUUUAUCAACAGCUUUGAAAUCACUGACAGCAGCAUUGGUCAAAGUUAAGAGCAUAACAAAUUAUUCUCCAUUAAACCACAAUUAGGUUUGUUAUUUGGCCAUCUUUCCAACAUUGUUGGAUAUGGGAAACUUUGCAUAAUUAUAAAUCAGGCACACACUCGUUGAUACCUCAUGGAAAGAUGCUAAGUGCCUUUAACCCUUUGAGGGUUUUGGUCGUACCAGUACGGCUUAUGACCCAGUGUUUUUGACGUACUAGUACGCCUAAAUUCUAGCGCCCUCAAAUCUAAUGAGAGAAAGCUGGUAGGCCUACAUAUGAAAGAGUGGGUCUAUGUGGCCAGUGUGCGCAGUAUAAAAAAAAUCCUACAGCACACAGUGCGUAAUGAGAAAAAAAAACUUUGACCGUGUUUUUGGAAUAAAACAGUGAUUUUGCACUGUAUUUUUGUAUGGUAUUUAUUGUUGUAUUCUAGUUUUCUUGGUCUCAUUUUAUAGAAUGGGAGACAUAUUACAGAAAUUGAGAUGAUUUUGACUGGUUUUACAAUGAAAAGUACCUUGAAAUUGAGCGCAAAGUAGCAGAAAUGUUCGAUUUUUAUCAAAGUUCAAAAGUAAACAAAUCAUGCCAAGCGUCCAAUACACGUCAACUGGCGAGUCUAAUAUUCUUUCACAAGUGCGCUGAUAUUAUUUAUACCAUUUCUACACUAAUGCAGUAGUCUGCAUAACAGUAAAUCUUCUAUUUUUUGCAAGAAUAAAAUUCAAAGUGGAAAGUCAAAGAAACAUAAGAGGGGCCUGGGGAUGUGACUAACGAACAGAGAACUUGUUAUUUUAGUGCCAGGAAUGUCUUUUUUGUUUAUUCUGGACCCUAUUCGGAAAUUGGCAUCUUUUGAAAUUUGUGUGAAAUUGGCAAAAUUGCUAAAUUCUGACCACUGUAUUGGAUAGUUGAAAUUGGUAAAUGGGUGGUUUCUUGUACUCAUUCGAUAGAAAAAAUGGAGUUCUAGCGAAAUAGUUAUGAUUUUUGUCGACUAGUACAUUGGAAUUGGCCGAAAAUAGAGCUCAAAGUGGGCAAAAUUGCCGAUGCGUAAACAUCGUCGAGACCGCUAUCUUCGCGAGAGCAUAAUUCCAUAAAUUUUCCAUCAAAUUUCAUACUUUUGGUGUCAUUAUGAUCGGGAAAAGAUUCUCUAUCUUUUCAUUAGAAAUUUUUUUUUUUUUUUUUUUUAAAUUUGGCCGACCCUGAGAAGUUUCGGAGAGGGCCUGUCGACCCUCAAAGGGUUAAGAAUUGCUGGGUCACUUUCAGUCCAACACUGUGCUGUAUGUCAGAGGGCAAGCAGAAUACAUUUUAGAUACAACACCCUGAUGCACUUGCUCUUCCUGCUGAAAGCCUUACCUUCUUCAUGGAAACUGAUCUUCUACACAAGCUGAUUUCUAUAGGCCUUUCUUGGAUUAAACCUGAAUGCCUUUAAUUCCCCAAGUGCUGUUACCCUUGCAGGCCUAGUAGUGUUUCCCCACGAAUACAGUGAGGUUGAUCUCCAUAUCACCCACCUACUAGCCCUAACUACGACUAACCCCAACCAAAUUUCUGUAUGACUCCUGAGUAUUAAGCAAUUUGGCAUUUGAUGUUGUAGAUUUGUUUAAUCGAUUACUUAUAAAUAGCAAAAAAAUGUGAAUAUAAAGCUUUCAUUAAGGUGGAAUGUCCAUAUAUGUGAGACCAAACGGAAAAGUCUUAUAAUAUGCUAAAAUUAUUUUGAUUUACAGUGGUACCCCGAGGUUCGUACAGCUCCCAACGCGAACAAUUAUGUAAGUGUAUUAUUAUUUUGUAAGCGUAUUUUUGGGGGUCUGAAAUGGACUAAUCUAAUUUACAUUAUUCCUUAUGUAAACAAAUUCAUUCGGUAAUGGCAUUCGAACAGCCUUCUGGAACGAAUUGUGGCCGAAACUCGGGGUUCCACCGUAAUCUUUUUUUUACUUCAAUUUAUUUUGCAUUUCAAAGAGUAUAUGUGGUGUGAGUUUCAAUACUGAAAACCUGAAAAUGCUUACUAAAAUCAUGAGCCUUUUGAGGCCAAAACUUUUUCAUUUAACAUUGGUAAUUCAUGUGGUAGAUUUAUUUGUUUGAUCAGCCACUUUGUACAAAUGUAAAAGAAAAAAAAAAGUACAGCCUC